AUGGAGGAAACCCGAGCUCCCUACGGCCCCAUAAGUGAGACCUUGAAAAGAGGGUGCACCACAUCCCACUACUGCCAGUCUUACUUCUCCGUCCGCAGGGGCUUCAUCUCACAAAGCAUCUUCUGCUGUUCUGAAGAUCUUUGCAAUAUCGUCCCCUACAAUGUCACUUACAGCACAGAACACAAUGGAGUGGAAUGCUACAGUUGCAUCAGCAGUUUAGAGGAGUGUAAUGAGACAGACAUGCCCAGCACCCAGUGCAGAGGUAAAGAGAACCACUGCGUGAAAAUCUCCCGCCAAUGGCUGCCAGAUUACGUCCGCCGUGCCAGGAUCCGAGCCGGCUGCGCCAACCAGCGGCUCUGCCAGGAUACUGCCUUCUAUGGAGCCCUGAUGCCCAAGCUGCCUGUCAGCUACAUGACCUGCUGUCAGGGCCCAUUUUGCAACAGAGAGCAAGGCCAGGGUGAAAGAAGAGGCAAGAGCGCCCUACUCGCCCUGCUGGCUGCUCCGCUGCUCAUAGCCCUGAACUAA